AUUCUCUUUCUUUUAUUACAAGAACUCCACGAAAUCUCACAUCUUCUUUCCUAUCCUUUUCAAGAACCUCUCUCUUUUAUCUCUCUUACUCGAUCGUUUGAUGAAGAUCAGGUGCGACGUCUGCGAUAAAGAAGAAGCGUCGGUGUUUUGCACCGCCGACGAAGCGUCUUUGUGUAGCGGCUGCGACCAGCAAGUUCACCACGCUAACAAGCUUGCCUUCAAACAUCUCCGUUUCUCUCUCCUAUACCCUUCCUAUAACAACGACUCUCCUAUCUGCGACAUCUGUCAGGAGAAAAAAGCUUUGCUGUUUUGUCAACAAGAUAGGGCUAUCUUAUGCAACGAUUGUGAUGCAUCGAUACACUCUGCCAACGAGCAUAAGAAGAAACACGAUAGGUUUCUUCUCACAGGGGUUAAGCUCUCUGCUUCCUCUGCUGUUUACAAACCAACUUCAGAAUCUUCUUCUUCUAGUAGUCAAGACUGCUCUGUCCCUUCCAAGAAACCUCUCUCAGCUCCUCAGAGCAACAACUCCAAGAUCCAACCUUCUUCAAAGAUCGGUGGCGACUCAGAGGUGAGUCAGUGGGGAUCCACAAGCACGAUUUCAGAGUACUUGAUCGAUACGUUACCUGGUUGGCACGUUGAGGACUUCCUUGAUUCCUCGCUUCCUCCUUUUGGUUUCUCUAAGAGUGGUGAUGAUGAUGGAAUGUUACCAUAUAUAGAAGCAGACGAUGACAGCACUAAGAGAAACAACUACAAUACAGUGUCACCUCCAUCUGAGAAUUUGAGGAUUUGGGUCCCUCAGAUUCCACAAACUCUUCCUUCUUCAUACACAAAUCAGUACUUUUCUCAGGAAAACAAAAACAACAAUAUUCAGUUUGGGAAGUACAACAAAGAAACAUUACCAGAAGUGAAGACUUAUGCUCCAAUACAAAACAUGAAACAACAAGGACAGAACAAAAGAUGGUAUGAUGAUGGUGGCUUCACUGUCCCACAAAUUACUACUACUUUCACUCAUCCUCCUCUUCAUUCUAAUAAAAAGUCCAGAUAUUUUUGGUAAUCUAUAUGUUUUGUUUGUUUGUUGCCCUUUUGAUCAUCUUGAUUUCUCUGAACUUCGAUCUUGAUAGAAUUAUGGUGUUUUUUGUUCUGUCUUUUGUAAAUUUAAAGUGUGAUUGAGGUUGCGGUUUAAUUUUUGUAAAAUCCUAUUUUCACUUUUGGUUUAUGCAAAUGUUGUUUUUUAUAUAUCCUCUCUUGCAAGUUUUAUGUAAUAAAGCCCCAUGACUUAUUGCUAUCUAGUGGUGUAUUUUUUA